AUGAUCCGGAUGAGACAUGCUGUCGUCUGUCUGAUUUUCGCAACCCUUGUUAGUUUGGUUCUCUAUUACCAUUCAACGAGCGCGUCUGUCACCAUCAGAGCUUUACAAUCGAAGGUUCCACAGAUUGUUGGACUUGGAGACUAUUUCGACUUGGAGGAGCAGGAUGUCCAGAACCAAAGUCGACCGAUUUCGCCCCAAAAUGGGGACUUGCAUGCCUCGAACUUUUCGACAGACUCGGCGUCAUCUGAAUCUUUGGGGACGGGAGUUCCAACAGGCGGUCCUAGAUAUACACGAAAUCUAGUCAUGGCUCGGAUGAAAGAGGAAAAUGUUUCGUGGCUUGACGGAGUCGACCUCGGCCCUGACAUUAAGAAGUUUAUCUACGUCGCCGACGACCCCAAUGCGCCUUUACAUCCAGCCAAAAACAAGGGUCACGAGGUCAUGACUUAUCUCACAUACAUUAUUGAUUUUUAUGACGAUCUACCCGAUGUCAGCAUCUUCAUGCAUGCUCACCAAGACGCCUGGCACAACAACGAACUCUUGAACUGGGAUGCCGCCGAGAUGAUCAAACGACUGAGCAGCGAGAGAGUCCAGCGCCAAGGGUACAUGAACAUGAGAUGUCAUUGGAAGCCAGGAUGUCCAGAUUGGAUCCAUCCGGGUCAAAUAGAGAGAGACAAGGACAAACUUGAACAGUCAUUCAUGGCUUCAACUUGGGCCGAGUUAUUCGCGGACAAGCCCAUUCCGGCCGUCCUGGCUCAGCCCUGUUGCUCCCAGUUUGCGGUGAGUCGCAACCAGAUAAGAUUGACACCCAGGGAGACGUAUAAGCAUUACCGAGACUGGCUUUUACGGUCAGACAUAUUCGAUGUCACCAGCGGCAGAAUCUUCGAGUAUCUCUGGCAAGUCAUCUUUGCGGACCGAAGUGUGUUCUGCCCGAGCCAGCGGACAUGUUACUGUGAUGGGUACGGUGUCUGUUUCGAGACCGACAAGACAUUCGACAAGUGGUUCGAACUGCGCUACCAGAGGCAGAUGGCCGAGAAGGAAUUGCGUGAGUGGAAGGACAAAGCCGAAGCGAUUGAGAAGUUCCGGGACAAGGACGGUAGAUUGCAGGGUAUCGAGACCGGGGAGCUUCAAGUGCCAGAGAUUGGGAAGAAAGAACAGUUGGAGGCUCUGAUUGAGGUAAAGGCGGCCGAGCUGGAACGGAGGAGACUGGAAGCUUUGGAGAGAGGGAGGGAUCCGAGGAUCAGAGCCGAGAGUGACGGGCGUCCAUGGAAAGACGGAGACGGGUUUUAG